CACGCAACUCCCCGGGGGCCAGCGGAACCGAGAGACCGACGUGCGAUUCCUCUUUGUACUCAACCAGAAGAGUUGAGGCCGGCUCUGCCUCCGCUGCCUUCUCCUUUUUUUAACAGAAGCAGGGAGUCUGGAUGCUGGAAAUAGCCCGAUAAGCCGGUUACCGGUCCACUUUAACCGCAACAGUCGGUCUGUCUUUGUGGAAGCGGACAUCCCAUGUCAGUGUCCCUUUGAGCCAUUUUGUACAACAAAAGGUCCAGCGACCGUUAUUUUCUUUUUUUUUUUUUUUCUUACCGGGGGGGAUUUCAAGUCACACACAGCUAUUUAUUUGUGGAACAACACUCCCUUUUUUUUUUUUACACUUCCACACCUCCAGAUAGGAGGGGGGUCCAUUUUCCUUUUUUAAGAAAAGAAAAAUCAUCCCCUAACCGAGAGCGACAAUGGCAGCCGUAACGAGCCCGGAGACGAGCCCUCAACCGCGGGUAUAUUUCCAGACGCCGGCCGGCACCACGGAGGAACCGGAGACUCCCGUUAGGAAGCAGGGACGGGUUACCGUCAAAUACGACCGAAAGGAGCUGAGGAAGAGACUGAACCUGGAGGAGUGGAUCAUCGACCAGCUAACGGACCUCUACGACUGCGAGGAGGAAGCCAUCCCAGAGCUGGAGAUCGACGUGGAUGAACUGCUGGACAUGCCCAGUGACGUUGAGCGAGCAGCCAGGGUUAAGGACUUACUGGUUGACUGUUUUAAACCCACUGAGGAUUUCAUCUCAGAGCUGCUUGACAAGAUCAGAGGAAUGCAGAAGCUCUCUACGCCUCAGAAGAAAUGAUGGCGUCCAAACUUUCCCCACGUUUUCCCUUCCGCUCCAGCCCUCCGUCUCGUCUUCCUUCCACGCCCCACGUUUUUAAUUUAAGGUCUUCUUCCUCUGUUGAGGGUCAUAAAAUGUUAUAAUCGUUUCUGAUCAUAGUUGUCUCGGUCGCUUCGUUUUGUUUGAUUUUUGCGUGUACCGUGAUGGAUCUGGACUUCUUUCAUCAGCAGAAAUGAAUAAUUCGCCUUGCGGCUCGUCUCUCCUCUGCCCUCCUGUUUCCUCUCCUGCCCUUACUGUACUCUUCUCUUCCUAAUCUUCCUCAUCUUCCUCCCACCUUCCCAUCUGUCUGAGGAGGAGCAGAGUCCCAUAAUUACUGUAAAAGCGGGGAAGAACAUGUAAAAUACGAAACAGAGUGAAAACUGAGGAUGAAAUACUUCAGCCUCCACCAGCGAGAUUAUGUGAAUAUUUUAACUUGAGAUUUUUCCCUUUCCUGGUGCUGUUUGAGGGAGAUCGUCACUUCACUUAAUCUGUUUUAAUAACAUUUUUGGGGUUCUGUUUUUGCCGCCUAAGCACAGGCAGUGCUGCAAAAAAACCUUUUUGGUGUCUCUUAAAGGGCAUAUAUCAUCGUUUUAGCAACUUCAUCUGUGUCCAGACUCACAGCUCAGAAUAGUUGGAUUCAUUUCAUGACUAAAAUUGAGAAAUAUGUGAAAAAUAAAAUAAAACGUGACAGGAAGAGGAAAUGUAAAGCAGCUGAAAGUUGCUGAAGAGUGUAAAAGUUGGGUUCAUAAAGUGAGAAUUUAUAUGGUUCUCUUUCCAGCAUGGAAAAUGAAAUAUCCAAGAGACUGGAGAUCUAACAAAUCGGCAGACUUCAGAGGGAUUUAAAAGCUCGGUCAGGAAGUCUUCUUGUAAUUAACUACAGUGGAGAACUUGGGAUAAAAAUCUGAACCAGUACAAUUACUGCUUCAGUUCUGACCAACAUCUUAUGCUACGCUAGUUGUGACUAGAAGGGAAGUUGAGAUCAAAUAAAAAAAUUAAAUCAAAUGUUAUUUGUACACAUUUCAGCAACAAGGCAUUUCAAAGUGCUUUACAUGAUAAAAAUACAAAGUCAUAGAGCCCAGUGAACAAUCGAAACAUCACAUUUUGCCAUCCUUACACAUCAGAUCGUUUAUUAGUAUCUCGAUUGUUGAUAGAGAUACUCCAUCUGUUCUCCUUCAUUUGACUUAUAAACGAUAAAACAAACAAAAUUCUGUUAGUUAUUGAAAAAAAGCAGCAUUUUCUUACAGAAUAAACUUUAUGCUCACAAACAACCAUCACCUCGGUCUGGCUGUUGACUCCCUGCUUUUUGUCUCAUCUCCUCAUCGCUUUGGCUCUGGUUGUUUUUUAGGGAAACACUUUUGAAAAUCUCUCACUCAUGCUAUCCUUCUCCACAUAAUCCUUAAAAAUGUAGUCCUAUGAUUACCAUGAGAGAUUUUCAGACUUUACAUAUUGUAGUUAUCCAUAUAUGGUAGUGCCUUCCUGUUUCAGUAGGCGUGAUGAGUUUCUAAAAUGAGUUUUAGAAAAGACUUGCAUGUAGUGUGUAUGUUUCAUAGGGUUUUCUGGCUCUAUUAUAUGAUGAUAUAUGCCCUUUUAAAUAAACCCAGCACUGUGUCAUUUUUGGGGGAAGAAAAUCUGAACCUCUGACCACAAAGCGUCUUGUAAAUCUAUCUUUAGUACAGCGAAGAGGAAACUUUGAUGCCUGGAAAUAGUGAUUGAACCUUUAGAAAGACUCACUGGUCAGCCGUUUGGCUACAAGGCCGGGUCUAGACCUUCUGAUAAAUGUUUUUGUUUUUAUUUGAAGCUAGACCAGAAGUGGGUUUUUUUCUUCUUUUCUUUUUUUAUUUUUAUAGGCUGCAUGUGAAUUUUGGUUCCUCAAUCCAGCCUGCACAUACACAUGUACGUCUGUGUUGCUAUUAGUGUAUGUUGCUACAUAAUGUACAGCAACAUCUGUCAUAGUAAGGAGUGUUUUUGGGCCUGUAUAUUCUGCUGUUAUGUAGGACAGAGUUGUCUGGGUUUUUUUGGGUAAAGGACUGGUUCCUUUCUUAUUUCUUGUUGUCAUACACACCCUGACCGUCGUAAAGAGGGAACCCUGUAAAAAGCUGCCUUUUUAAAAACCACAACACCCUAACGUCACAUUGUUCUGAACAGAGCAGUCACUUCUCUCAUCUUUAAGACAUUUUUUUGUUUCUCUUCACUUUUCAUGGCAUCUGCCAAUCAUCUCAAAGAAUAAGCCAUCUGUUUCUGAUCGCCGACCAAUCAGAUCAGAGACCGACGCUCGCCGGCCAACGGCAGCAUCAACAUGUUGCAGUUCGUCUGCGCCGACAUUUACCGGCAUUUUACCGUCUGCCUUUCUCUCUACUACGGCCCAUUUUCAGACUGCUGCUCUCUCAUUUCACUCCUUCCUACAUUUUAUCCAUUUCUCAACCUUUUCCCUUCAUUUACUCCAUUUACUUUCCUUAAAAAAAAUUUAAAAAAACAAAAACAGAUGUUGCCUUAGGUAUAAUUUAUGUUACACAAACCAAAAAAAAAGAAAAACAGGAGUACUUUUUUGUUGUUGUUGCUGAGCAGAUCUACUCUGCCUUGCAAAAAUGGGUUAAAAGUUUUCACAUUUUAUGACUUUUACAACCAGAAACUUCACUGUAGUUUGUUGGGAUUUUAUUUCGUAGAUUGACAAAGUGUUGCAUAAUUAUGAACUGUAAGGAAAUCUGCUUUGGAGAACUACUUUUAAAGUUUAGAUGUCUUCAUCAUCUUCCACGUGUUUCCUGUCUCCGCUAUAUGGAUUGAUGUUAAUUGGACUUCUGGUGGUUUCUUGGUGCACCAUCCUAAUAAAGGCCUGGUUUCUAGUUUUCCAGUCAACAUAUUCUACCACCUGAGCUGUGGACCUCUGCAGCUCCUACAAAGCUAUCAUGGCCCACUUGCCUGCUUUUUUGAUGAAUUUGCUUCUAUUGCAUUUUAGGACAUGUGCAACGUUCUCAUUUUGAUCUUUUCACCGCGGAAAAAUCUGAUUUGUGCCUCUUCCAUAAGUGGUACUAAUGCUGCAUUCCAGUUGUACUCUGAACUGGAAAAGUCCAGCUUCCCCAGUCAGAACUCCCACUGAAAUCGGAUUUCCCUCUGGGAAACUGGGAGCAACUUCACUACCCCUCAGUUAAGACUUGGACAGCGUACUUUCUGUUGCAAUAUGGCCGCCUCUCGCAUCAACAGUAGAAAUCUGUGGUGGAAACAUGUUUAUUUAACAAGACACAUUUCUAAUAUUGCGUCUAAAAUCAAUGUAGCUUUAAACUGAACAAAUCAGAAGUGGAGUUUGCUUUUGAAAAGUAAAGCUUAAAAUGAUGUUUGGGCGCCGCCAUGUUGAAAUUCUGGCUUCUUAACUUGACGGCUGUUUCCUUUGUUUUGACGUCAAACCCUGCUGAGAGUUCCCAGGUAACUGGAACGCCACAUUAACCGUAUCUGAUCGUUUUCAAAGCAUUUGCAGUCUGAAUGGUGACAUUGCAUUUUAUCCAACUUUUAAGUCAUUGACGCAAGACUUUCGUCAUAACUCUGCACCAGAUGAACCCAGACUCUGUAAAUCAGGAUGUAAACGAUGGCCGACGCUAACAGUGACGACACUUAGCUUUCUUUUUAUUAGAUUCCUUUGUCUUGUUGUGAUCUUGUAACGAUACUGUCGACUCUUAUUGUUCAAUAACUUUCAUUAGCGGCACCAUCCAUUGCUACUUCCAUAAACAUUUUGAUGUUGUGUCGCUUUGGGAUGGUGCCCAAAAGUCUGACUGCGCUUGCAUUUAAUUAGUAGUAUGAACACUCACUUAAAACUAAAUUAAAAUCUGAUUUUGGAAAAAGAGUCAGAUUUGAGCAUCAGUGUGAUGUGUGAAUUAAGUGUUUAGGUUUUCAUAAGUCUCCUUUUUUAGUUGACAAGAGAUCUGAGAUGAAUGGGAUUUUAUUUUGGGCUGACUUACAGAUGCAUUCCACACUUGUGAGAUUUUAUUUGCAGAUAUCUAAAUCAUUUUCUUCCCACUUUGCAAUUAUCCACUACUUUGAGUUUAUCAAAUGAAAUCCUUUUUAAACUCUGAGGUUUGUGGUUGUAACACGAAUAAAUGGAAAGUUAAACUCUUUUGUAAAACACUCUGCUUCAUGUGGAGAAUCUGAUCUAUCGCUCCUUGUAUUGAAAUGUUUUCUUUUUCUUAUUAGAAGUGAGUGUUUAAUACUUAGGCCUUUGUAAAGCGACUCUGUUUAGGUAAACAAUGCUAUUCACACGGACCUGUUUAAGUCUGGUCUGUUUUUAUCUCGAUCAUCGCACCUCUUGAUGCCAAGCCUUGAAACAACAUUUAGUUGAACAAAAAAAAUCCAUUCAGAUGCAUUUUUCUGGUGCGAUUGCUUUUGCCUUUAUCUGUGGCGUCUGCAGACUGAGCUCCCGGCGGCUUCUCUGAUUGGUCGGAUUGUUUUAGGCAACUUCAAUUAGUAGCUGAGUGGAUUUUUGUUUCUAAAUUCAGGUUUUGGAUUAUAUAUUAUAUAUAUCUUCUUAGACUGUUAUUGAUAUGUCUGGUUUUUUUUUACUGUUUGGGAAAAUUGCAAAAAAUAAAUAAAUAAAAAAAAAUGUCAAGUGAUUAUCAUUGAUGCUAAAUACAAGAGCUAAACCAUGCAGAAGGAGUAAUGGUGAAGGUGUUUUGCUUUGGGGUUUUUUGACAAUGAUUAGAAAAACAAAUGUAGCAAUAUCAACAACAGGUUUUGUUUUUUGCCCAAUUUUGUUACUCUUUUAUGCAACUUUAAUAAAAACAUUUGAAAUUUA